AUGGCAUCGCUCGAUAUUCAGCCUCUCGUCACCCAUAUCUACACCGCCGAUCCGUCAGCUCAUGUUUUCAAUGGUCGCAUUUAUGUCUACCCUUCCCACGAUAUCGCGACCGACAUCGAGGACAACGACAAUGGCGACCAAUACGCCAUGAACGACUACCACGUCCUCUCUCUCCCCAGCAUCUCAGGGCCCGUCACCGACCACGGCGUCGUUCUCUCCAUCAAGGAUGUCCCAUGGGCCGCGAAACAAAUGUGGGCCCCUGACGCGGCAACCAAGAACGGCAAAUAUUAUUUCUUCUUCCCCGCACGCAAUCACGAGGGCUUCUUCCAGAUCGGCGUCGCGGUUGCGGACGAGCCCCACGGCCCCUUCGUCCCGGAGCCGGAGCCUAUCAAGGGCAGCUACAGCAUUGACCCAGCGAGCUUUGUCGACGACGAUGGCCAGGCGUAUCUCUACUUUGGAGGUAUCUGGGGCGGCCAGCUGCAGUGCUGGCAAAAGCGAACCUUCGAUAAAGACGCGUAUUCGCAGAUGGAGGCGACGGAGGGACCGGCGCUUUGCGCGCGCGUGGCGAAGCUGAGCGAAGAUAUGAAGAGCUUUGUUGGCGAGGACUUGCCAGUGGAGAUCUACGACCCUGAGACGAAGGAGUUGCUUCACUCAUCGGACCAUGACAGGAGAUUCUUUGAGGCCGCGUGGAUGCACAAACACAACGGUGUUUAUUACUUCAGCUACAGCACUGGCGAUACGCAUUACCUCUGCUAUGCCACGGGCGACUCACCCCUUGGCCCUUUCACCUAUCGCGGACGAAUUCUGGAGCCUGUUACCGGAUGGACGACUCACCACAGUAUCGUGGAAUUCGAGGGGCGGACGUACUUGUUCCAUCACGAUGCGAGCUUGAGUGGAGGCAAAAACCAUUUGAGGUGUGUCAAGGUUCGCGAAUUGUGGUACACUGAGGAUGGAAGCUUGACGGCGGAGGAGCUUAAAGCGAAUGCGUGA